GCGUCCCUGUUUUCUAGCGACUUGGAUUAACUGCCACGUUGUCAAAACAAUGUACAGAACUGCUUCAAUCACAAAAGUCAAGUAGUUUAAGGGAGACUACUAUCUGCAAACGAAACUGGUUAAUUUUGCUCAGAGAGUAAUAGAAUUUUGGACAUUUCAGUCAGCCAGUUAACCCCGAUUAAGGCCAGUAAACAAAGAUGCCGUCCCGAGUUGAAGAUUAUGAUGUACUGUACACAAUAGGAUCUGGAUCAUAUGGAAAAUGUCAGAAAAUACGGAGAAAAUCUGAUGGAAAGAUUCUCGUUUGGAAAGAACUGGACUAUGGCACCAUGGCGGAAGCUGAAAAACAAAUGCUGGUAUCGGAAGUGAACCUUUUGAGGGAGCUGAAGCACCCCAAUAUUGUUCGCUACUACGACCGAAUCAUAGACCGCACCAACACAACGCUGUACAUAGUCAUGGAAUACUGCGAGGGAGGAGAUCUCUCUAGUCUAAUCACCAAGUGCAUCAAGGAGAGACGGUACCUAGAGGAGGAGCAUAUCUUGCGGGUGUUGGCACAGCUUUCCCUGGCUCUCAAAGAGUGCCAUCGGCGGAACGAUGGGGGCUGCACAGUUCUGCACCGCGACCUUAAACCAGCCAACAUUUUCCUGGAUGCCAAGCAGAAUGUCAAACUCGGAGACUUUGGCCUGGCACGAAUCCUCAACCAUGACACCAGCUUUGCCAGGACAUUUGUGGGCACGCCGUAUUAUAUGUCGCCGGAACAAAUGAACCGGAUGUCGUACAAUGAGAAAUCAGAUAUCUGGUCUAUAGGCUGCCUGGUGUAUGAGCUUUGUGCCCUAUCUCCCCCUUUUACAGCGUACAACCAGAAGGACCUGGCAGAGAAGAUCCGGGAGGGCAAAUUCAGGCGGAUCCCAUACCGAUAUUCAGAGGAGCUUAACACGUUACUGUCAAGGAUGCUCAAUUUGAAGGACUACCUGAGGCCCUCGGUGGAAUCCAUCUUGCAGAGCAGCUUGAUUUCAGAGAUGGUUGCCGAGGAGCAGAGGAGGGCACAAGCUAGGAAUCGGCGGCGUUCCACAGUGGGUCAGGCCGACCCCGUCCGGCCCAAGACUCCCGCAGACCCUGAGCACGGCACUGCGGGAGCAGGAGGAGCGGCAGGGACGGGCACCGCCUCGGAGUUGCGUCUGAAGGAGCAGGUGCUCCGAGAGCGCGAGGCGGCCAUCAAGCAGCGUGAGGAGAGACUGGAGAAAAGGGAGCAAGAACUGUGUGUUCGUGAGCGGCUUUGUAGCGAGAAGAUGGCCAGGGCGGAAAACCUACUGAGGACCUACAACCUCCAGAAACAGCAGAGGGCGCCUUCUCCCAUCUCCAGAUCUCCAGAUGGAGAGGAUGAAAAUGUCUCUCCAGGAAGAAAGAAGGUUCACUUUGCUGGAGACAGCAAGGAGAACCAGCUUCCAGCAAAAGCUCCAGCAGCGAGGGAGAAACCUCAGGAUGUAGCCCUCAGAAAGCGGCUGCAGGCAGCCAACAUACGUGCCCAGGCCCUGGGUGAGGUGGAGAGAACCCUCCAGCUCAAGAGCCGGCAGAUCCUGGGCAUCCGCUAGCGAAUGUCAUCCCAAAACCCAAAGACGACUUUUCAGUGCUCUCCUGGCUUUUUUUCCCGUUAUGGGUGGGCUGGGUGUGGUAAGGUUGUCAGGGUAGCCUGGCAGGCCUGUAAGACUAUCAUCAUUAACACACCCAGUUUCCUUCAUUGUAUUGAUUAUUUCCCACCCAACCUCAAAUUCUUAAGCGACAUGGCUAAUCUUGAGAAGAUUAUUGCUAUUACAAAGCAGAGUGGUUAAAGGGAAAGGAAAUGGCCAUUUAGAGGGUGCUGGCAGGCUAUCAGUUUGAUACUUUGCCUCAAUACAAAGUGUGUCCCAGAAUUAUGGGAAAGGGAUUUGGACUGUGUGUUUUAUCCUGAAUGUAGCUCUAAAUGAUUUGUACCAUAAUAUAUAUUGUAGGUGUUUACAAUGUUUUGCCUUUAUUGAUAUUUCAGUUCAGUAAGUUGGUAAGUGUAUCAUUUUGCACUGUUCUCUUCUCUCCAUAUUGAUGUAAUGUACAUAGCAAGUUCUGUGCACUAUUUAUAUGUUCAUUGACUGAGAAGUGUGUGUGUGAAUUAGCUGCUUAGGGCAUUUUUAAACUGCGUGUGAGUGAUUUAUGAGUGUUUAAAUGGGUGCCAAUCCAAACUACUGAGUCCUGAAGUUCUUUGUUUAAAAUGAAAAGCUUGAUUGCAUUUGUAAAGGGAAGUCUUAAUAUGUUCCAUUACUCCCACUUGGCAGUUUUGGCGUUUCUUUGUUCCCUUCUCUUUCUAAACCAAAUGUUUUCACGCAGGUGUGUUUGUUGUGUUAUCCUUGACUUUCACUUCUGUCAUUUCCAUCAUGUGGCAAAUCAUUUCAGUUCUUGAAUCUUUCUUUGUGCCAUCUACACAUGAAAACUUGCUAACACUUUACAGUGUUGGUAAUUCAUUAGGAGAUGAGGUUUUUACAUCAUCAGACUUGAUUGGGUAAUCCUGCAGUGUUUUUUGGGUUGUUCAUAUCUCCUAAUAAAAGGCAGCUAUAGAGACCGAA